AUGGAGCCCAGCGGGAAAGGCGGCGGGGCGACACCGGGGCAAAACCUCCCCGGCCGCCUCCGGGACUGCGCGGGUGGGAGGCGGUGCCCCGCCGUGGACAGAGCUUUAACAUGGCAUUUUGAUUGGGAUUUAGAAGAAGAACGUCAGGCAUUGAAAGAAGAUCAAAAAAUAUGUCGGAGUAGGGCACAGAAAUAUUUGAUAGAGACAAACAGAAGAAGAAGAGCCUUUAAAGAAAGAUGGAAGCAAGAAGAAGAAAAAGAACAAAGAUUUAGAGAACAAGUUCUGCAGCAGAGGAAAAUUAAACUUCAGGAAGCAACUGAUAAGUUCCAGCGUGCUCGUCUGCCUUUUUCUCAGCACAAGCAAAUAGUUCAGACAAAAGCAGCUUUUCAGUUAGAAGAAGCUCUUGAACAAAUUAAAGGAUCAGUUUUAACACCAGGACUGUGCUUGCCCAGCAGAAACAAAACCAACUUCAGAACCACAGAUGACUCUUCAUCCUCACCAGCAUCUAGAAACGGUUCUUUCCAUCAGAAGCAGAUUUCAGCAAUGGUUGGCUGGGAUAAAACGGUACAAGAGAGCAGUAGAACAAACAUGGAUAGUAACCAACUUCUCUUCCAGAAAAAUCUGAAAGAAAUGCAACAUAUCCUUGAAAAACAGCAUCUCAGCAACUUGGAGAAUUUUCAUCAAGAAGUCAAGAAAAGAGAUGAUUCAGAAAGCUUGUCAAGCCCUGACAGUCUUGAGGCUGGAGAACAAAAUGGAAAUUACGCAACACCAAUUGAAUCAUCUUUGACUACACACUGUGACUGUGUCCUGUACAAUCCAGAAAAAUCACAGACUAGGAAUAAUGGUUUGCUUUCUACAGCUCAAAGUGUGCAUCUAAAUAAUUGUCUGAGAAAUGUAGAUUCACAAAACAGCCACAACUUACCUAUUCAUGAUCUUUUAGCUAAACAUAAUGUUCUAACUCCUGCUGAACACGUUAACAGUUCAGAAGAGGAAUCAUCAGCUUCUCACAGCCCUGGAAAAAAAACUACAGGUUUCUCUACCUCUGGUAAGCAAGAAUGCUCUGUAAAUAAUGCAUUUAGUUUUCUGCAAAAUAUAAAAGAAGAGAGAAGCAAGCCAUCUUCAGGAAUGGUGAGCACAUUAGCCACUGGUCAUCCUGUUUUCAAUCCUAGCAAAGCCUGGGCCAGCCCUGAGUCUGUUCCAGGUGAAAGAGUUCAUGAUCUGAUGCAAGAUCAGAGUUGUAAAAUGACCCCACAAAAAAAAACUAUAUCUGUGAAAAACUCCAGUCAACCUCUUGCAACAUCUAUAAUCUUAUUUCCUAAUCAGGGAUGUUCCACUGACAUUCCCAGCACAGCUGAUACAUUACCAAAGGACAAAAACACCAGUACAGAGUUUUUCAAAAUGACUGAAAGAAAAGAAGAAAAUAUUAAAUGUAUUGAUGUCACUAAUCCGGGAUCAUCUUUAUUUCAGGACAUACCAAAUGCCUCAGUUCUGUGUGAGGUUAAGAAACAGAAUAACAGAGAGGAAGAAAAAGGAAAUAUGAUAGAAACUAUGUCAGUGGUGUCUGAUACGGAGUUAAAUUCUGGCACUCCUGCACAGCACAAAACCCUGAAAAACAAUAUUCUUGAAAGAAAAAGAGCAAAAUUAUUCACAAGUAUCUUAAAGAAGGAAUCUCAAUAUGAACCCAGUCAGUUCAAAGCUGUGGUUAUGAACAAUGGGAUCAGUUUUGGAACUCGGCCUGUGUCUACUAUCAGAGACAGUUUGGAACUGGCAAAAAUAAAAAAGAAAACUGAAGAAAAUGAAAAAUGCAGCAGAAAGCUAAGAUGGAAUGAUCAAAUUAACCAGAUAAUAAUAGAAAAUUAUGAAAAAUGCUCUGAAAAAAACACCAGUGAAAUAUCUUCUGCACAGCUGCAAUAUGUUCAAACUACAAAUAAUGCUCCUAAGACUAAUUUAAGUAUUGUUGCUCAACCUUCAAACCCCACGUUCAUGAAAAAUCAUCAGGAAAACUCUCAUAUAUCAAAACCAAAUGUUAAUACUGAGGAAUCAAAUAAAGAAUGUACGCCUCGGAAUAUAUUCAUGUCUGCUGGUUCCUUUUCUACUAAAAAAGCUUGGAUGGUAUCACAAGAUGAAGAAAGUAAACCCUCAGUAUGUAGCAAUAACUCUAAAACUGAUGACGUUAAUCAACUCAAAAAUAAGGCAAAAAUAACUAGAAGACCAAGAUCUGUUAGAGCCCAGCCAAGUUUCAUGCCCAAGAAGAGAACAGGCACUAUAAUCCGACCACAGUCAGUUGCUGAAGCCAACAAAACUCUAAAAGUUCCAGGGAAAUUGCUCGUACCUCACCCACCACCCGCACCUCUGCCGGGAAACCCCCACGGCGAAAACGCAGCAGGCCCUGGGUGUCAGCCACGGCUGCCUUCAAGGCUUCAAGCUGCCACUGCAAGGAGGAAUGAUUUAAACGAAAGGCAUGUUUUGUUAGCGGGUCAGGUUUUAAAUAGAAAGGGUACACAAAACAGCGAGAGCAUGGCUUGUCGUUCGGGCCUGGCCGCUGCGAUACCCACAGCUGGCUGCAGCACGGCCAAAUACGAACCCUGGGCAAAAAGUAGGUGUUCUGUAAACAGUGCUCAGACAGGUGCCUGCCAAAAUCCUUCAGUAACCUGCGCUGAGAGAAGACCUGCUAACGCAGAAAAUGAAUUACUUCUCCAUCGUGUCCCAGCAGCUGGGAAAACAAGUACCUCCUGGCGAGCAGCUCAUACUGCCCCAGCUCCAGAGGACUCUGCCACCGGUCAAAAGCAGGCUUUUGACAACCAUGAAAAUAAACACAGAGCUUUUUCAGAACACAGAAGACAAAAUGUAGCCUUUAAAAGAUGGAAGCCUACUUAUCAUGCACAGAAUUCAUUACAUAGUGUCCAGCUGAGUCCUGUUCAGUCUGCAUUUGAUCCAGUACAAAAUAUGAAUAACACCUAUAAGUCUGAUGAAGUUUCAGAAAGCACGGCUCAGUUUCUUAUGGCAGAAAAACUAGCAGGUACAUCAGCUGCAGAAGGUGACAUCCUGGCAGCUAUGGAAAGUGUGCACCCAGCCAGGCAGCCCCCCCUGCUCAACAGGGCUCCAUCUCUAGGCAUGACUGCGCUUUCUGUAGAAGAACAGAAGAUUUUCCAGUCUCUUGAUCGUCUCAAUCAAAGGCUACAAGAUGUUCAAGAAGCCAUUACCAGAAACCCGUCUGCUUCAAAUGUUUUACAGAUAAUCACCCCUUUAAGUAUUCAGCCAUGUAUGUCCUCCCCUUGGGUGAACACCUCACAGCAGCACCCGAGUGCCUCAGGAGGCCAUCGAUGGCAAAGGCACAGGCGACACUGACAGUACCUGCUCCAGGAUAUUGCAGUUUCAUGUACACGUACAAUCCGACACUAUGAAAUUACCAACAAAAUAAAGACGA